GCUUUCACCACCCAGGCCCUGGCCAGUGUGGCCUACCAAGUGGGUAACCUGGCUGGGCACACUCUUCGGAUGCUGGACCUACAGGGUGCUGCCCUGCGGCAGGUCGAAGCCAAGAUCAGCACACUGAGCCAGGAAGUUGCUCCAAAGUGGCUCCAUCCUCUUCUGCUACUCCUUUCCCAAUUGCUGCAUGGCCACAGGGACAGAACUCGCUUUCUCUGGAUUUCCCUGUUCCUCAUGGCUGUUCUUUCCUCCUCUGUGUCUCCCGGCUGGUCUAGAACUCGUCACCACACAGACCAAGUUGGCCUCAAGCUCAGAGAUCUACCUGCCUCUGCCUCCUGAAUACAAGAUGGUGAACAUACACAUGGAAAAGGUGGCCAGAAGGGAGAUUGGCACCUUAGCUACCGUCAUGCGGCUGCCCCCUAGCCAGAAGGUCAUCCCUCCUGAGAGCCUGCCUCCCCUCACUCCCUACUGCAGAAAACCCCUCAACUUCAGCUGCUUGGAUGACAUUGGCCAUGGAAUCAAGGACUUGAGCACGCAGCUGUCUCGGACUGGAACCCUGUCUCGCAAGAGCAUCAAGGCGCCUGCUACACCUGCCUCCUCUGCACUGGGGAGACCACCCCGGAUCCCCGAGCCCGUGCAGCUCCCAGCCGUGCCCGACGGCAAGCUCUCCGCUGCCUCCUCUGCCUCUUCCUUGGCCUCGGCGGGCAGCGUCGAAGGUGCCAGUGGAACCCCCCAGGCAGCACCUGCAACCCCGCCUCCUCCCCCUCCGGCACCUGCAAUCCCGCCUCCUCCGCCUCCGGCACCUGCAACCCCGCCUCCUCCACCAGACUCUGCUGAGCUCUUCUUGCCACCUCCUCCGCUGGAGGUGUCCCAGCCCCCAUCAGCAGAGUUGCCUUUGCCCCCUCCUCCAGUUCUAGAGGGGGAUGAACUGGGGCUGCUGCCUCCGCCCCCGCCAGGCUUUGGACCAGAGGAGCCCAGCUGGGUCCCUGCUUCGUACUUGGAGAAAGUGGUGACACUAUACCCAUACACCCGACAGAAGGACAAUGAGCUCUCCUUCUCUGAAGGCACUGUCAUCUGUGUCACUCGCCGCUACUCUGACGGCUGGUGUGAGGGGGUCAGCUCAGAGGGCUCUGGAUUCUUCCCCGGGAACUAUGUGGAGCCCAGCUGCUGACAGUCCAGAUCUGUCCCUGCACCAACCCGGCACUGCCUCAGUGGGGCUCUUGAGUCCCAAGAAACCAGCGCCACAGUCAAGGCUGGACUAAGGACUUGUCUUCCUCUUGGGCUGUGAACGGUGUUCAGCCCCUGCGCCACACAGCAGUGUGGGGGAGGGGCUAGAGAGAGGAGGUACCAGGACUGCUGAAGAUGGGGGGGGGUCCACCAAAAAACUAAAAGCCAAGUUCAGGCACUAUGCCCAGACAGCUUUGAAUAAAACCGAUGACCUGA